AUGCAUCUGUCGUUGGGCCUGUCAACACUGCUCUGCCUACCCUGCGCGCUGGUUGCACGAGAGAUUACCUUUCCACCUCUGAUACCACAGCAAGCCAAUCACUAUGGCAGCAGCCACGGCCCAUCUGAAUAUCGACCUUUCAACUCAGAGAAAGAUUCGCUCGCAGAGUUCGAGAAGUACUCAGGUCUGACCACUUUCUCAAAUCUGCCUUGGGUUCAUUGCUUGUCGCCAGACGACGAUGUCGAGAAGUAUGAUAUCGCUUUUCUUGGGGCGCCUUUUGAUACAGCGACCACGGGCAGACCGGGGACGAGAUUCGGCCCCACUGGCAUACGACUGGGUUCUCGCAGAAUCGGUGCCCUCAUGUCUUGGAGCCCGUAUACUCACAACAACACGUUUCUCUCAUGGGCGCGGGUCAUAGACUGUGGCGACGCACCUCUGACAUUCUUGGACAACACCGUUGCCUUGCAGCAACUCGAAAAAGCGCACAAGAUCGUCUCGGGUCGUCCAGCUAAUACUAGCGAGGUGUCUUCUGUGCCAAGGAUAAUAACGCUCGGAGGUGACCAUACCACGACGUUAGCAGCGUUGCGGUCGACAAUCUCGCACUGGGGUCCAGUUAGUGUCUUGCACUUUGACAGUCAUAUCGACACGUGGGACCCAAAAGUCCUUGGUGGUUGCGUAUCUCGAUAUGCGGGACUGAAUCAUGGGACGUUCCUCCAUAUUGCCCAUGAGGAAGGUCUCAUUCUCAACUCUUCCGCCCACGCUGGCAUUCGGGCGCCGGCCAUCAACAAAAACUACGACUGGAAAAAUGACAAACGAUGUGGAUUUGAGAUCAUCACGGCCAGAGAUAUCGACAAGAUUGGGGUCGCUGGUAUCAUAGAAAAACUGAAAGCAAGGGUAGGGGACACCAACGUAUACAUUUCCGUGGACAUCGACGUGUUAGAUCCUGCCUUUGCACCGGCGACGGGUACAGCAGAGGUUGGUGGAUGGACCACUAGAGAGCUGUUGAGCAUCUUGGACGGUCUGGAAGGUCUCAAGGUCAUUGGGGCUGACGUGGUUGAGGUUGCUCCCAUUUAUGACAAUCCUGGUGAGACGACAGUCCUGGCUGCUGCCGAGGUUGCUCAUUCUCUGAUGAGUCUGAUGGUUGAGACGCCUGUCAAGCCGUUGAAGACGUAA